AUGCUUGACACCUUCCACCCCUUUCCGAAUCUUCCGACCGAACUUCGCUUGUAUAUCUGGUCUCUAUCUCUCCUCAACAUCGGCGAUAGGAUCGUCAUUGCCACAUGCCGUCGACAUCACCGAGAGGGCCGCUAUUCCUGGUACUUUUGCGCCAAGCUGCCAGCUCAGCUACAUGCCAGUCGCGAAGCUCGCCAAGAGGCCCUUCGCGUCUACACCCCUCACUUUCGCAUUGAGCCUACAGUGAACUCUGCACCGCGCUCUUAUGUUUAUUUGGCUCCUGAGCGCGAUAUUGUUCGCCUAAAUCAAAAUGCACUGCUACAUAUCGGUGAGGCAGACCUGAAGAUUCUGCGUCGGGUCAUUCUCGACAUCAACUACAACCCAAAACUCUUAAAGCUUCCCUGGAUAGCUCUAAGGAAAAUGGAGCGGUUAGAAAAGCUUGACUUGCUCAUCUGGCAAACGUCCGGGCAUCAGAUACACCACAGUAAACGGGAGAUUGUACUCAACAUCCGGCAGCAAUUUGUUGCAUUCUUAAGGUACAAUCCGCGGUGGAACAUGCCGGAGGUUAGGUUCGCAUGUAAUUAG